AAUUAAGCCCAUAAUUAUAUAUAUAUAUAUAUAUAUAUAUAUAUAUAUAUACAUACUUCAAUUCCAUUACUGCCCUCCAAUUAAUUUCUCUGUGCUAAUCACAUCAUCAUCUUUAUUUGUUUUUGCCCCAAAGCAUUAAUUCAUUACGUACUGCAAUCAGAUGGCCAUAAAGAGCUACGCCCGGAGCGCGCCGUGCAACGGGAAAAUGGACAUGACUUUGGAAGAGUUCAAGAAAUGGGUGAAGAGUUUCGACGAAGACGAGGACGGAAAGAUCAGCAGGAGCGAGCUGCAGGAGGCGAUCCAGGCCGCCGGCGUCCGCUUCUCGUGGCUGCGCGGCCGCCAGGGCAUGAAGGCCGCCGACCAGAACGGCGACGGCUUCAUCGACGCCGACGAACUCGCCAAGCUCGCCGAUUUCGCCCAGAACCACUUGAAUGUCCGCAUCGUCACCUAUUAAUAAUCUUUUCAUUUCAUUUCUUCCACACACGCACACACAUAUAUAUAAUAUUAAUUUGCUGCGUGCAUGUAACAUAUGCCUUUCAUGCACGUACAUGCAUGCAUGCGUGACAAACAUACGGAUCAAAAUGUCUACAGAGUUUGUCACGCACAAAUAUUUAAAAAAAAUAAAUAAAUUCCAUCAUAGGUAUGACGAUCAUGAUGAGGAUGUUCAUAAAAAAAUGUUGAUUCGUGUUGUUUGUCAUAUUGCAUAUACUGGGAGUUUCUAUUAAUUUGUUUCAAUCUAUUUGUAUUACGCAUUACAUAAAUAUUGGAGUAUAUU